UGCCAUCUGUGUUUUCUUCCCACAGAAAUCCCCCAGUGCGCCGGCUGCAGUCAGCACAUCCUGGACAAGUUCAUUCUGAAGGUGCUGGACCGACACUGGCACACCAAGUGCCUCAAGUGUGCCGACUGCCAAGUGCUGCUGGCCGACAAGUGCUUCUCCCGGGCGGGCAAUGUCUACUGCAAGGAGGACUUCUUCAAACGCUUUGGCACCAAGUGUGCCUCCUGUCAGCAGGGCAUCCCCCCCACACAGGUGGUCCGGAAAGCCCAGGACUUUGUCUACCAUCUGCACUGCUUCGCAUGCGUCAUGUGCAGCCGCCAGCUGGCCACGGGUGACGAGUUUUAUCUCAUGGAGGACGGGCGGCUGGUGUGCAAAGAAGACUACGAGACGGCUAAACAGAACGACGAUUCAGAGGCUGGCGCCAAGAGGCCUCGGACGACAAUCACCGCCAAGCAGCUGGAGACCCUGAAGAACGCCUACAAGAACUCGCCCAAGCCAGCGCGGCACGUUCGGGAGCAGCUGUCCUCGGAAACGGGCUUGGACAUGAGGGUCGUGCAGGUUUGGUUUCAAAAUCGGCGGGCCAAAGAGAAGCGUCUGAAAAAGGACGCGGGACGUCACCGCUGGGGUCAGUUUUACAAGAACGUCAAGAGGAACCGCGGCGGGAACAAGCAUGAGAAAGAGAGCUCAGCCGAGGAUGGGGGGCUGAGUGACAGCGAGCUCAGCUUCAGAGAAGACCAAAUCCUGUCUGACCUGAGCCACGCCAACAGCAUCUACGGGAACAGCGGAGACGUGGGCGCCGGCGGCCUACUGAAUGGCAGCUUUCCAAUGGACGCUUCAGGGCAGCCCUACCACGACCUGCGAGCUGGCAGCCCGUAUGGGGGGUGUCCCCAGUCGCCCUCCUCCAUCGGCUCCCUCCCGGCCCACACCCCGCUUCUUAACAGCCUGGGCUUCUCCAUGGACAGCAUCAUUGCACAAGGCGGUCAGGGGGUGAGCCAGGCUCUGCGGGCCAUGGCGGGGGGCCCGACCUCUGACCUGUCGACGGGCAGCAGCACGGGCUACCCGGACUUUCCCACCAGCCCGGCCUCCUGGCUCGACGAGAUGGACCAUUCUCAAUUUUAGACUCCUACUGGUACAGACUGCCAAACGCGAGGCGCCAGGACAGUGGCACACGGCGCCAGGACGGGCUGGCACUGCGCUUCUCUUGCUGCACUAUGCCAAUGCUGCUUGACCCCAGAAUGAAGGGGGCAAGGAGGCCAGUUCAUCUGUGCCGUGGGCGCCAUCUUGUUUAUAGUCCUAAUAAAUUGACACAUGUACAGUUUCACUCAUCCAUAAUGAUUUAUUGUCGGAAUUUCUAGAUAUUUCCAGGUGAGACCCCCCAGUCUCAUUCACGAAGUUCCCACUCUGUGCUGCCUGUGGCCUUAAACGUCAUCGCCUCCCCUCUCGGUCGCUCCACGUGUACUCAGUCAAGGGGGCAAAGCCUGCAAGGACCCACCCGACACUGGACCCUCUCACUGGAGCCCCCCAAGUCAGCUCGUAGGAUGAAAAGGAGGCAAACCCUGAACCUGCUGGGCCGAGCGUGUAGCACGGUGGGCGAGGUCGCCCUGUCGUUUUACGUGAUCGCCACCCCCCGCGCGGGCUCUUCCUCGAUGGCCUUGUGACGUGUGGUCUCUAUGAUGCCUAAUGUGUGUCAGCAUGGCGCGUGUACAGUGACACUUCUAUUCCCAAUAAAAGCUGAGUUCACAGUCGGGAGCCGCUGCACG